CUGAACUGCGUUGGACCUCUGAAUGGCACGUUGGUUGUUGUGGUGGAGCAGCGACUCGGAGGAACUGGCGACGGGGUUCCCAAGAACAUCGCCUACAAGUACUCAGAGGACAACGGAAUCACCUGGUCUUCUGUGAUGCAUAUAUUUGAGUCACCAGACAGCGGAAACAUCUAUUUUGGAAACAUUAUAAUUGAUUAUGAAAAAGGAGCAAUUUUUGUUAUCUUCACCGCUUGUUCCAAAAAUUGUCCGGAUAAUAAGUGGUCCAAUUACGUGAGCAAAUCACUAGACGAUGGUCAAACAUGGUCAAAGCCAGUCAACAUCUCAUCUCAAAUAGGUGCCUUCCAAUAUCGAGGCGGACCUUCCCUGGGAGUGCAAAAGAAACAACCCCCUCAUAUUGGACGCCUGAUAGCUUGUGGCCACACUGAACCACUUUCAGUAGACGGAGUCUUCUGUUUGUUCAGCGAUGAUUCCGGUGACUCAUGGAUACUAGGUGAAUCUGUGCUUGGUAUCCCUUUUGGUCAGAAAAAAGUAGACGGGGACUAUUUGCCUGACGAAGCAACAACUGUUGAACUGCCGAAUGGAGACUUAAUGGUCAAUGCGAGAAACCAGUACCACUUUCACUGUCGAUGUCGGCUAACGAUGGUCUCAAAAGAUGGUGGCGAGACUUUUCCGACAGAGUUUGUGCGAGUAAAUGAAGAUCUUCCUGACUCGGCUUGUUCGGCUGGAUUGGCCAUGUUUGACGACAAAACAAUGCUCUUCACGAACCCAAAUAAUGAAAAUGAAAGGGUUGAUAUGACGCUCAGAUGGUCAACGGACUUGGGCCAUUCAUGGAAAAAUUCGUUUCUAAUAUUCCCCGGGAUAUCAGCCUACUCUUCCGUGACAACAAUGCAAAACACCAACUCCAACAACUACACUACAAAUAUUAUUGUCGCCUACGAAAGACAAAUUGGACCAGUUUCGACUAUAGCCCUGGCUGUUAUUGAUCCUCAUGGAAACUUGGACAUAUAAUUGAAAGACCGAAUACUCAAAUAACGUACUUAACGGCUCUUUUUCCUUGUGUUCACAUUGUUCGAUUGCUAUGAAAAGUAAUAUACGGACUAAAUAGGUUAUCACAAAAUAUUUGGUCUUCAUAAAUAACAUUGUAAAACCAUUCGUUACACCAAAAACUUCAGAUUCGUGCAAAGUGGGGGAAGGAAAAAAGAGUCUACUCGACAAAUUAGGUUCUUGUAUUGAGAAUUUUUCAUAUAAAAUAAUUUUAAAACGUUAAGAAAGCGAAAAAAACAUAAAAUUAGUAAAAUGAGUAACAAGUCGGCUGCAGUGCUAGUUUUUGUUUGCAGGCUCAAAAGAGCUAGCUUCAAACGCGGCUUUGCCGAAAGAUCGCUUGCUAAGCUGCUCUUACAUUCGUCACGAGUGUUAGUUUGCAAAUGAAUUCUUUUUUGAUCUAUUAUCAAAACCUAUAGAAAUUUAUUGACAAGCCUUGAGCUUAUUGUCUUAACCAGGGAAACUCAACCGCAGGUUUAGCAAUUGCUUCAAAUUCAUUUGGCAGUUUAAUUACGAUGGUCUACCCAUAAUACGCACUUUUCUUUUUUUUUUGUUCUGUCUUUUGAAGAAAAUGACUGAAUAUUUGUGCUCGGUGACUCU